CAUUUAGCAUCCAUUUCGUUUAUCAAUGCAAAAUGUGCUGCUUUUUUCCGUGAGCUUUUUAUGCGUGCGAAAUGUGUGGCAGUCACACUGAUUGCGGCACCGUCAGCUGUGCUCGCUGAAUGUGUCUGCGGCAGCUGAGUUGUUGUGGAGCUGGCUCGUCGGUUGCAGUUGUCAAUUUUGUAAGGUGGCGAGUCAAACCUUACGCAGGACUGGAGGCUAAGAGCACGAAUUUCUUUUGAUGGCGUAUGCAGGGUGAAGGGCACACACAGACAACGUCGGUGGGCGAACUCAGUAGUGUGUUGAGGAAAUUCUUUUGGCUCCGACGGGUGCAACGCAACUGGGGAUGUGGCCUGCACAAACCCCUUCGCAUUAUGCUCACACAGUAGUGGCAAAUUGUGACCUAAGAAGCCCACCGUGAGGAGUUGGGUUGGCGACGCACGCCGGUGCUUCUUGCUUUGUUGGAUUCAGCUACCAAGAGCGACGCUGAGUGGGUCCUUGAACAGUUGAGAAAUGUGAGUCAAGUUGCGACAGAGAAUGGCAGACAUAUAGCUGUUGCGUCUAGUACGAGUCAGAUAAGUCCAGAAGAACCUGACAAUAAAUAGGAAAUUAUUGGGCAGGGGUUGAUGCUUACUCUCAGUGAGGGCAUUCAGGAGGCUGGUCUAUAGAGUUUAGCACAUGAGGUCUCGGGAAUAGAACAUGGGUCUAGAAGCUUCAACUAUUUGUGCAAGCUUUUCCUCUUCUUCUUUCUUUCUUUCUUUUUUUUGCUUAUCUUUGGGUGUGUCAUGUUAGGUAGCAGCAGGUUAGGUAGCAGAGGUUUCAGCAAAGUUGAGCAAGGUUUCCAUUAGCUUCGAUGCAUCUCGAAAUAGGUACUACCGUUUGUUCUCCUGGAUGUAGAUAAGGGUUACUCCGUUAACAAACGAAAUGUUCAGAAGUUUCGGAGGUCACGAGGUUUCUAAUUGCUGAUCACGGGUUCCCAAGCAUUGGUGGUGACGAGCUCCGUUGCGUUGGGUCGUUACGCGGGCGUGGUGAUCGAUGUGGUUGAAAAAGUGGAUGCAAGCGGUCUUCUCUAAAGAAAAGUCCAUGCUUGAAGUAAGGGUCGCGGAAUGGUGUUGUUAUAGUUAUGCGGGGUUUCAAAUCUGCCCAGAGCAAGGCAAGUGAGACCUGGUCAUGCAAGGUGCUCACACUUCCUUCUUACUUGCUCGAAGAUAUAUUCAACAGAUUAGAGAUCGCGAGCGCCAUUGCAAUAGCUUCUUGCGCUUGCAGAAGCUUCAGGGAAGCUGGUAGACGGGUUCAGUCGAUACGGUUAAUCUGUUUGAGCAAAUAUCACGAGAUCGCAAGAGCGGGAGUUACUUCAAACCCUCCGAGUACUUUAACGCUGAAAGAUGGUAAAGGCGAAUCUAGUGCAUCAGGCGCUGAAGCUAGCAAAGGAGUCACUCAGUUCGUCAGCAGUGAUGAUGAGUCUGGUGAUGAGAGAAUCUUCGUAGUAUUCAGGGAAGUGGUGGUCGGAUUCCUUCAGAAGAAACCUAAUCUUGUGCAGUUAAGGAUUGAGAUCGAGGCAGAACUGCAGUCACAUCCUGUUCCUGAGACUGAAAGGACGAGAACAGAUUUUUGGCUGAGCGACCCACAGCAUUUGAAAAGAUGGGUGCCUUCUGUCAGAAGCACCUUGAAACACUUGUGUAUUGUGGAUUAUGGACAGCAGGCCAUUGUGCGCAGGACAACCAUCCUUGCUGUACUAUCUCAGAAUUGUAAAUUACUGAUGACUUUGGAUUUGCGGAACAUGUUUAUCGACUCUACUGGUUUAGAAGACAUGCCUUCGGUUGUGAGCUUCACAUUGCGAUGUGUGAAGGUCACUGGUGAUACGUUACAACACAUCAAUGCUCACAUGAGAAACUUAAAGACGCUGGCUCUUCUAGGAGUAUUUGGAGUAACACAUGGCAACCUUGACUUUCCGCACAUGAAGGUUCUAUGCCUAGGUCUUUCAACUGUGGCUAGGGAAGUAAGCAUGCAUCUCCCUAGCCUUGUAAAAUUACAGCUGAAGAUGCUUUGUCCUGAGAGGCUCACCGUCACUGCUUCUGAUUUGAAAUUCAUGGCUUUCAAUCUUGAUAUAAGAGAAAUUUCAAAGGUGGAGUUCAAGGAUCUUCGCAAGUUGCAGGAAUUACUCUAUGGGGCCUCGAGUUUUGAGACACUCUUGAAGAUUGUUGCAGCCAAUCCCAAUCUGGAAAAACUAUUCUUGGACAUACCCUGCAUGGCUCUGGGUGAAGAUGGGAAGUGGUUGGGUGUUUUGAAGGGCAUUCCUAUUACCCUUCCAAGCUUCAAGCAACUUCUAAUGUGCGAAAGACUUGAGGUUCUAAACGUUGGGCCUGGGCUCUGGCACUCAAUGGAAGAAAAUCUGGGGCAGCUAUCAACAGUGGAGAAAUGGCCUCCUUUCAAACGGCUCACACUCCACAUGAUACCUCAAAACCUGGACAUAUGUGUAGCUAUUCUGCGCAUAUUGCUGAAGCCAGGUCUAGUCGCUCUGAAGAUUUGUGUUCAUACCCACAGUCUUAUAAGCUAUGAGACAAUCGUGUCGGCGGUGAAGGAGAUCGUGUCCCACUUUGGCCAGGAUUUUAGAUUCGAAUCACAACCAUGGACGAAGAGCCUGGAUUUCUCCUGUUUCAGCUUCUAGACCCAAAGAUAACAGUUAAAUUCAAAAGAAUGGUUUAGUGUUUAACCAAGGGCAGUAAAAAACCAUGUGAAAUUAUCUCUUGGGCGUCUUGCAACAUUAUUAAAAAAAGAAUUCACUUUCUAUAUUUCAUGCACCCGAA